AUGGAUGAAAAACUAGAUUUUGAAGUUCUUGAUUCAAAAUCUAUCUUGUCAUCUGAUGAACUAUAUGAAGAAAUGCUAGUAGCACAAAAUGAAGCUAAUGUGAAUGUACAAGAUGAUGAUGAUAUUGAUUGGGAAUUCUGGGGACAAAUUAUAUCUGAUUAUGAAAAUGUUUCAAGAACGCAAUCACAACAAUUAUCCAAAGCAAUCCAAAAAGGAAUUCCACGAGCAUUACGGGGUAUGAUAUGGCAAUUAAUGUCCAAGUCUAAAGAUGUUGAAUUGGAAUCCAAAUAUGCUCAAUUGCUCAAACAAUCAAGCCCUCAUGAAAAAAUGAUCAUAAAAGAUUUAAACAGAACCUUUCCAAAACAUGAGUUUUUUCAGGAUAAGGAUGGAGCAGGUCAAGAAGGUUUAUUCAAUAUUGUUAAAGCAUAUUCAAUUUACGAUCCUGAAGUUGGAUAUUGUCAAGGCAUUUCAUUUGUUAUGCCAGACGAAGAAGCAUUUUGUGUUCUUGUUAAAUUAAUGAAACAUUACAAUAUGCGAGGUCACUUUUUACCAGGAAUGGAUGGUCUUCAACUUCUAAACAUUAACGAAAGUAUGUUAUUCUUACCAACACCAACACCCAAUACCAUAAAAUCACUUGUUAUAUCUUAUGUUUAUACGGUUGGCUUGCUUGUAACUGUAGAAGUAUAUCAAAGAAAAUUCAAUGCACCAUUAUACAUUUCACGUAAAAUAAUUCAUAUUGGCGCUGGAGCUUAUUUGUUUUUUCUUUUGCAUUUGUUUGAACAAUGGGAGUAUGUGGUACUCUUGCCCGCUAGUUUUGUACCGCUUAACUAUAUAUCCUAUAGGAUAAGACUAUUCAAAUCUAUGGAUCCUCAAACUGGCGCAACUUUAGGUACCUUGUACUUUCCAUUUUCAUGUGCACUGUUAUUUGGAUAUUAUCAUGAAGGUUGGGAAAAUGAUAUGCAUAUUGCAGAUCUUAGUGGAAGGAUCGAUAGGUUGCGGCAGCAAGUAUUAUCCAAAAAUUAUGCAAAAAUUAUGUAA